AUGUUGAGUGACGCAAUCACAGCUAAACUAAGCAAAGAGAGAGGAGAGCGUAUUAAUGUGACAGGGAUCAAUCAUAAACCAAAGACUUCUCCUCUCCCCAAAGCUACCGAGAAGAAUAGUGCUAUUGUUGCUGAUUUGUAG